AUGGGCUCACGCCUAGAGAAGAACUCCGAGUCGGUCCGGAAGCGCAUCGCCAGCCACAAGUUUGACGGCGAGGAUGGGGAAGAGUACAAGGGUUCGGCCUUUGGCGGCUUUAACGAUUACUUUAGGCGAAAGAAGAUCAAACUCCAAAACCUCGAUGCCGACAUACGACGGCAGGCCGGUGACAAGCCCCAGAUAUUCAAAGGGGUCGUGGCACAUGUCAACGGCUACACCCAACCAUCGCUCAACGAUCUGCAUACACUUAUAGUUCAGCAUGGCGGCGGCUUCAUGCAAUACCUGGACGGGAAGACUACGGUGACGCACAUCAUCGCCAGUAGUCUAACACCGAAGAAGGUUGUUGAAUUCCGGCGAUACCGAAUCGUAAAGCCCGCGUGGGUCGUCGACAGCAUACAAGCGGGCAAGUUGCUGCCAUGGAGCGAAUACCGAGUGGUAGACGAAGGCGAGAAGCAGAACGUCCUGGCUUUUAGUAAGGAUGGAAUGACCAGCACGGUAAACGUCAAGACGAGGGGUUAUCGGGAUCAGACAGAUGCCAGUUGGUACACAAGUCAGCUGAGGGGUAGUCAGGCCGGUCCUUCCAGUACGCCAACACCAGCCAUCGGCACACGCUCGCACUCCUCGAAUGAAGAGCAGCGACUUCCCACACCAGAGGAUGACAUCAAGGAUCUGUCGCCCUCUCACCAGCCGGACAACGUGCUUGACCGACCCAUAUCUGGAAAGCCAAGUAGGGCUGCGAAGCUCGUCACACCACCCAAGACUAGCCCUGCGGUGGUCCUGGCGGAUGUAGAUGAGAUUAUCGACGAUGUCCACGACAGCCUCUAUACCGACCCGAGCCCACCUCUACCUCAACAGAUCGAGUACGAGAAUGAGAUCGAAGCCAAAUCGAGAAAGACGUCGCGCGCGCCAAACGCCCUAAAGCCUAAGGGACGGGAGCUUACUGCAGAAGAGCAUAAUGCCAUACUUUUACGAGACCCGGACGUUCGCAAAUCUACCGUCGUAGAUCCUAACUUUCUAGAGCAAUACUAUCGCGAAUCACGCCUGCAUCACCUAUCGACUUGGAAAGCCGACCUGAAAGCAGAAAUGCAGGCAAUAGCAGACGAGAAGAGCUCUUCGCAGAAAGCCAAACAAAAACGCACAUCAGGCGCCCGGCGCUACAUCCUACACGUGGAUUUCGACAGUUUCUUCGCCGCUGUCAGCUUGAAGAAAUGCCCAGAAUACAAAGACAAACCCGCAGCGGUUGCACACGGCCAAGGUACUGGCUCUGAAAUUGCAAGUUGCAACUACCCAGCGCGUACGUAUGGUGUCAAGAAUGGUAUGUGGAUGAGGCGAGCUCAGGAGCUCUGUCCGGAACUCAAGAUCUUGCCAUAUGACUUUCCUGAAUACGAAGCCACUAGUCGUACGUUCUACGAGGCCAUAAUUGCUACAGGUGGAUUGGUGCAGAGUGUAAGUAUCGACGAAGCGCUCGUCGAUGUCUCGAACCUUUGCAUCGCUGCGGGUGGUAGCAAUGGGAAGCAACAUUCUGAAGGCAGCAUUCAUCGCGAGCAAGCAAAGGCCGAGGAAAUUGCAUUGAAUCUACGGGAUGAGGUCAGGUUAAAAACUGGUUGUAAUGUCUCCGUCGGUAUCGGUAGUAAUGUCUUGCUCGCUAAAGUAGCGUUACGCAAAGCAAAGCCCGCUGGGCAGUACCAGAUCAAACCCGAAGAGGUUUUAGACUUCAUGGGCCAGCUCCAGGUACAAGAUCUUCCUGGUGUUGCUUGGUCGAUCGGCGGCAAGCUUGAAGACCAAGGAGUGAAACUUGUCAAGGAUAUUCGCGAGCUCACAAAAGAAAGACUCGUUCAGAUUUUAGGACCCAAGACUGGAGAAAAGUUAUACGAGUACUCAAGAGGCAUUGACCGCCAAGAGCUGGGUGAGCAAGAUAUUCGCAAGUCUAUCUCUGCUGAAGUGAACUGGGGCGUUCGGUUCGAGAAUCAACAACAAGCUAAUGAUUUCAUCGCAAGCUUAUGUGGAGAGCUGUCGAAACGAUUGUUGAGUCAGAGAGUAAAAGGUAGGCAUUUCUCAAUGAAGGUUAUGCGACGCUCACCCGAUGCUCCUCUCGACCCUCCCAAGCAUCUUGGCCACGGCAAAUGCGACACACAUAGCAGGAGUGUGAUGUUGGGUGUCGCCACUAAUGCCAAGGAGAUUCUCACGAAAGAGGCAUUAGCUAUGCUGCGCGGCUUGGGCUUUACCCCGGGUGAGCUUCGAGGGUUCGGUAUGCAGUUGACGAAGCUUGAGCCUAUGAAGAAUGCUACAGAUGGCAGUCUUGAAGGCUCUCAGCGAAGAUUACAGUUCAAAGUCGGCCAAGGCGGACCUGUCCGUGCCGCGCGAGCUCCAAAACCUGUUGAAAACCCGAUUGCAAAAGCGAUUGUAGAGGACCCCAUUCAAGACGACCCAGAGACCCCACGAAAGGCAAAAGCAUCGACAGGAAGCGAACAUGUUCCAUUUGGCGCUCCGACACUCAAUGCAUCAACACCUUCUCGCCGUCCGCUAAACAUGUUAGGCACACAGUUCAUCAUGCCUACGCAGGUGGAUCCUGAUGUACUUGCCGAGCUACCAGAAGACAUACGAUCAAAACUCCUCCGCCAAACGCGCCAAUCAUCACCCACGCUCGCAAAAGUUGUAGAAAAAAGAGGUAACCCCAACACACCUACAAAAGCCAUGGCUUUCGCCACAACAGCACUUCCCAACCAGUCUCAACUGGACCCUGAUAUCCUCGCUGCUCUGCCAGCAGAAGUUCGUGCCGAGGUACUUGCGCAGUAUGAUGCCAACAAUACGCCCUUCUCUCCAUCUCGCCGUCCAAAGGGCGUGGACCAAACGUUACUACCUCAAUCGCCACGCAAGAAUAGGAUCAUAGGUAUCCCAGCUAAGAAACCCGUUGUGCCAGUCAAACGUGGUAGAGGUCGUCCGCCAAGAUCCGCAAUGCUCGCCGCUGCUGCACAAGCAAAGUCCAUUAGCAUGACUGGCAAGACACUCACUCAAGCCAAUUUCAUCUCACUCAAGAACCCGGCACGAGAGAGUGUGAGCAGGGAGAACUCCGCUGGUCCAAGCGAAGAUGCUUUCGAAACAAGCGAUAUUACCCAGCCGUCUGAAAGAGAUGACCUUGACCUAGACUUCCUCGCUGAGCUACCCGAAGAUGUUCGCAAAGAAGUUCUCGCGCAACACAAAGCUGACAAGAUGAGUUCCUUUUGUCUCGCCUUAACCAGAAAGACCAAAUCUGCACCCCUACCACAAGCACGUAACGAAGAACCUAAGAUCAAAGUCUCUCGACCUGCAAAACCGACGUUUACCACUCAGAAACUCUCAGCGCAGGCAGAUUUGAGAGGUGCCAUGAGGCAAUGGAUUGGUACUUUCAUGGAUGAAGGGCCUUAUAACGAGGACGUUGUUGCAUUGAUCAAAUAUCUCAACAAAGUAGUCCUAGAAGAGAAGAACAUGACCAAGGCAGUCGGUAUGGUGAAAUGGAUUGACUAUGUCAUCAGUGACGAAGCACAAAAGGGAAGCUUCCCGAAGGAGCAAUGGGAAGGCGCCCUUGUGCGGAUUAAAGGAAGCGUUAUCAAGGCGGUGAAAGACAGAGGGCUGGGCACAGUUUGUUUCGAUUAG